AUGCUUGAUGCCUUGAUUAUUUUGUUAGCAGUUCAACGAGCUGUUAUAAUAUUUUUGGAUGAAAAAUGGCAUUUUCUAGUUGGCCGUCGGGUUUUUAAAAUAAAUACUACUAUUAUUUGGGGCACCUUCGGUCUUGAACGAAUCUUCUUUUUGAAAAAAUGUUUGCAAAAUACUAAGUGUCAAAAAAAUUAAACUUGUUUUCAGUGUUUUCAAGCGAUGGCGAUAUAUUGAGAAACAACCCAGUGCUUAAUCAAUAUUAUCAUUUCACAAUUUCUCUAUCAGUUUUCACCUCAUUCAUCUGCACAAUUCUAUACAUUUCACUAUUCUAUCAUCUGUUCAAACAGCGAGGAGAUGUGAAUUUUUGGCAAGUUCCUGAAAUCGCAUUUUUAUACGAGGGUGUUCCAAUAUUAAUCACCAGAGUUUUUAUAUCUUUUUAUUCAUUUGCACCACUUUCGAUUUAUGUUGAAGAAGAUCAUUAUGUCGAUCUUUUCAACUAUGAAAUUCGAUAUCGAGUAAUAUCAACGGCUUUGGUUCAAUUCACAUAUAUUUUUGAUAUUGAAUCGAUUCGCAGAUUUUUCCAGGAAAGGAAGAGGAAAACAAAUCAGGUUGACUUGAGUCCAACAACUCAAGUUCAAUUAUGA